AUGGCACCUUACGAAGCUUUGUAUGGCCGAAAGUGUAGAACUCCUUUGACUCUGAAAGAGGUGGGCGAUAGACAAGAAAUGGGUUCAACUUUUGUGAAUGAAACUGUUAAGAAAAUCAAUCUGAUUAAAGAAAGAUUGAAAGCUGCACAAGAUAGACAACAGAAGUAUUACAAUCAGAAGUACAGAUUUGUGGAAUUUCAGGUUGGCGAAUUUGUAUAUGUCAAAGUCAGUCCGAUGAAAGGUGUGAGCAAAUUUGGUAGAGUGAGCAAGCUCAGUCCAAGGUAUGUCGGACCUUUUGAAAUUAUUGAAAGGAUUGGAAAGUCUGCUUAUAGAUUGUUAUUAUCAGAUCAGCUGUCUGAUGCGCAUAAUAUUUUUCACGUAUCCUCUUUGAGAAAGUGGAUAUUUGAUUCUGACAAGAAGUUGUCUGCUGAUGAGGUUGAGAUUCAGGAGAAUCUACAGUACAAAGAAGAACCUGAGAAAAUUUUGGCUUAUGAUGUGCGCAAGUUAAAAAGUAAACAAAUUUCAAUGGUUAAAGUGCAGUGGAAACACAGAACAGCACAUGAAGCGACUUGGGAGGAGUCGGACAUGAGGCAGUCAUAUCCGUAUCUGUUUUGA